GCCGUUGCACUAGCCUGGUUUCCACACGCCGACCACGCUGCGGGUACCGGGCGAGGAGGCAUGUUCGGAGAUGUCAACAUCUCCGCGAUACUGGAUUCACUUAGUGUAAGCUACGACAAGAGAGUCAGACCAAACUAUGGAGGACCGCCGGUGGACGUGGGUGUCACCAUGUAUGUGCUGUCAAUCAGCUCGUUAUCUGAAGUGAAAAUGGACUUUACAUUGGAUUUCUACUUCAGACAAUUUUGGACGGAUCCCAGGCUUGCGUAUAAUAAAACGCCUGGCGUUGAGACACUCUCGGUGGGCUCCGAGUUUAUACGAAAUAUUUGGGUACCCGAUACUUUCUUCGUGAACGAGAAACAGUCGUAUUUCCACAUCGCCACGACGAGCAACGAGUUCAUUCGCAUACACCACUCCGGAUCUAUCACACGUAGUAUAAGAUUGACUAUCACCGCAUCUUGCCCAAUGGAUUUACAGUAUUUUCCAAUGGAUCGACAACUAUGCAACAUCGAGAUUGAAAGCUUUGGCUACACCAUGCGGGACAUCCGAUAUAAGUGGAACGAGGGGCCCAACUCUGUCGGUGUGUCGAGCGAAGUGUCCCUACCGCAGUUCAAGGUGCUCGGCCAUCGCCAACGGGCCAUGGAAAUAUCUCUCACAACAGGAAACUAUUCGCGACUGGCAUGCGAAAUUCAGUUCGUUCGUUCGAUGGGCUAUUACCUUAUUCAGAUUUACAUUCCUUCCGGCCUGAUCGUCAUUAUAUCGUGGGUGUCCUUCUGGUUGAAUCGGAACGCUACGCCUGCCAGGGUGUCACUUGGGGUCACCACAGUGUUGACUAUGACUACGCUAAUGUCUUCAACGAAUGCAGCUCUCCCGAAAAUCUCGUACGUCAAGUCAAUAGAUGUAUAUCUGGGCACCUGCUUCGUGAUGGUCUUCGCUAGUCUCUUAGAGUAUGCGACUGUGGGCUACAUGGCGAAAAGGAUCCAGAUGCGUAAACAACGGUUCGCUGCUGUCCAGAAAAUCGUCGCUGUGAAGAAGAUAACGAUAGACGGCGUCCCUGGACCUUCAGGACCCGAGCCUCAAGCAACUCCUCGGGCAGUCACACUGACCAGGCCAGCGCCUCCGAGUAGAUCAUCGGAAGUGCGAUUCAAAGUUCAAGAGCAGAAGGUGUACGCACGAGGUGGCCCGUUGGAUAAUGGGCGGGGUGGACCUUCGGUGUCGAUGCAAUCACUCCCGCAUGCAGGUCAUGCCGCUCACCCGGCCCUCCCAGCUCACACGGGGGCACCACCAGCCGCCCCAGCCUCACAGCCUGACGGCGAAGAACCUUUAGCGCCACACCUAAUCCAGGCAUCCAAGGGCAUCAACAAAAUCCUGGGCACCACGCCGUCUGACAUCGAUAAGUAUUCGCGUAUCGUAUUCCCGGUCUGCUUCGUUUGCUUCAAUCUUAUGUACUGGAUCAUAUACCUCCACGUAUCAGAUGUGGUUGCAGACGACCUGGUACUACUUGGCGAGGAAAAUUAAAUGCAGUUCCGUUCCGUCACUUGCGAAGAUACUUUUACUAAGCAAACCAUACCACAGAUCUGGCACUACGUAUUUGGCAAUGUGCUUUCCAUAGAUGUACAUAUUUGAAUCUUGCUAUUUGCAAAUAAUUCCUAGCGAAAGGCACUAGGGAAAAAGACAAAAAAAAAAUACUAACUCUAACUAUUGACAUUGACAAUUUAUUUUAUGAUUUCAAAGAAAUGUCAGUCGAUAAUAAUUAAUGAAAUAGCUGUACAUUCCUGAACCUACUAUAUAAAA